CCUGAGACUGCUGGCUCUGACUCCCUGAGACUGCUGGCUCUGACUCCCUGAGACUGCUGGCUCUGACUCCCUGAGACUGCUGACUCCCUGAGACUGCUGGCUCUGACUCCCUGAGACUGCUGGCUCUGACUCCCUGAGACUGCUGGCUCUGACUCCCUGAGACUGCUGGCUCUGACUCCCUGAGACUUGCGAGACGCCUGGGAUACAGAGACAUACAGCUGGGAACUGUGAGACCGCUACGGGAGUACCAAGCGGCUGCCGGGGUAGUAAGAGACAGCUGGAGGCUAUUGGGCUAAAUGGGACUGCCCUGAGACGGCUGCUACAGUGAGAGAUUCGGGGCUCGGAGAGACGGGCCGGUACCGACUGCUGCUUGUCCGGUGAAGCCUCAGCAUGCAGCUAAAGUAUCUGAAGAGCCUUCUGGCCCCGCAGGAUGGCGCUGCCAGGGUGACGUGCAUGGCGUGGGCACCGAAUAACAUGAAAUUUGCCGUCUGUACAGUCGACUGCGUCGUCAUUUUGUACGAUGAACAGGGCGAGAGGCGGGACAAGUUCUCCACCAAACCGGUCGAUGCCAAGUAUGGGAAGAAGAGUUACGUGGUGAAAGGAAUGGCCUUCUCCCCGGACUCCACCAAGAUUGCCAUUGGCCAGACCGACAGCAUUAUAUUUGUCUACAAGAUUGGGGAGAACUGGGGAGACAAGAAAGUUAUUUGCAACAAAUUCAUCCAGACGAGUGCGGUGACCUGCCUCCUGUGGCCGGCGGAACAUGCCAUUGUCUUUGGCCUGGCCGAGGGGAAGGUCCGUCUGGCCAAUACCAGAACUAACAAAUCCUCCACUAUCUAUGGGACUGACUCCUGUGUGAUCUCCCUAACAACCAACAUCUCGGGCCAAGGAAUCCUCUCGGGCCAUGCAGAUGGCACCAUUGUCAGAUAUUUCCUAGACGAUGAAGGUUCUGGUGAAUCCCAGGGGAAACUGGUGACCCAUCCCUGCCCACCAUAUGCCUUAGCGUGGGCAGCAAACAGCAUUGUAGCCGGGGGCUGCGAUAUGAAGUUGGUGGCCUACGGCAGAGAGGGCCAAGUCAUCCAACAGUUUGAUUACAGUCGGGAUCCCACGGAGAAAGAGUUCACGGUGGCGGCUAGUAGCCCCAGUGGCCAGUCUGUUGUUGUCGGCAGCUAUGACAGGCUGCGGGUGCUGAACUGGAGCUCCAGGAGAGGAUUGUGGGAGGAAGGCAAAGCCAAAGAUAUUCCCAACCUGUACACAAUAACGGCAAAAGCCUGGAAACGGGACGGCUCCAAGCUCUGCGUGGGCACCCUGUGUGGCGGAGUGGAACUGUUCGACUGCUGUUUGCGCCGACUCAAUUACAAGAAUAAAUUUGAGAUGACCUACGUGGGACCCAGCCAGGUCAUUGUUAAAAACCUCUCCACGGGAACAAGAGUUGUAUUAAAGUCCCAUUAUGGCUACGAGGUUGAUGAGGUUAAGAUUCUGGGCAAAGAGAGAUACCUGGUGGCCCACACGUCAGACACAUUGCUGCUGGGGGAUUUGGCCACCAACAGGCUGAGCGAGGUGGCUUGGCAGGGAUCUGGUGGGAACGAGAAGUUCUUCUUUGAUAAUGAGAAUGUCUGCAUGAUCUUCAACGCUGGGGAACUGACGCUGGUUGAGUACGGGAGCAAUGAGAUUCUGGGCACAGUGCGCACUGAGUUUAUGAACCCCCAUCUCAUCAGUGUGCGCCUGAAUGAGAGGAGACAGCGAGGCGCGGAGGAGAAUAAGAAGCUGGCCUAUCUCAUCGACAGGAAGACCAUAGCGAUAGUGGAUCUUGUGGCGGGUCAUAAUGUUGGUACCGUUGCCCAUGACAUCAAGAUUGAUUGGCUGGAGCUGAAUGAGACCGGCCACAAGCUGCUCUUCAGAGACAAACACCUUCAGUUAAACCUCUACGACAUUGAGAGCAGCAAGAAGACGGCCAUUCUAGAUUACUGCUCCUACGUGCAAUGGGUUCCAGGCAGUGACGUGGUGGUGGCCCAGAACAGGAGUAAUCUCUGUGUUUGGUACACUAUAGACUCCCCAGAGACAGUCACCAUGUUCCCCCUAAAGGGGGACAUUGUGGAUCUGGAGAGGAAGGAAGGAAAGACAGAAGUCAUUGUCACUGAAGGGGUUAAUACGAUCUCUUACACACUGGACGAGGGGAUGAUAGAGUUUGGGACGGCCAUAGAUGAUGGAGAUUAUUACAGAGCCGCAGCGUUUCUGGAGACCCUGGAGAUGUCAAGAGAGACAGAGGCAAUGUGGAGGCGCCUGGCCAAGCUGGCACUGGAGGGCAGAUACCUCCUUAUUGCUGACAGGAGUUACACGGCGCUGGGCAAUGUGGCCAGAGCAAAGUUCCUCCGGGAGACCAAUCGGAUGGCUGAAGAGGCUGCUAAGGAAUAUGGGGGAGAUGGAACUGAUUAUUACCAGGUUCGUGCGCGUCUGGCUGUUCUGGAAGAGAACUUCAAACUGGCGGAGAUGAUCUACCUGGAGCAGAAUGAUGUCCUUGAAGCGAUGAAGAUGUACCAUGACUUGCACUGGUGGGAGGAGUUCAUUGCUGUGCCAGGAGCCAAGGAGCACCCCGAAUUUGAGACCCUGAGGCGGAGCCACCUGCAGUACCUGACCGAGACUCACCAGGAAGAGCGAGCGGGGGAGGUGUUUGAGCAGGAGGGGGACUAUAUUACGGCUCUGAACCUCUAUUUGAGAGCGGGUCUCCCCACUAAGGCUGCCCGGCUGUGCUUGGCCCAUGAUAGGCUGCUCUCUGACCCCGAGCUCAUUGGGAGGGUUACCUCUGCUCUCAUCAAGGGGGAGUUCUAUGAGAGGGCUGGAGAUCUCUUUGAGAAGAUAAACAACCCCCGCCGAGCCCUGGAGUGUUACUGCAAGGACAAUGCCUUCCAGAAAGCCAUUGAGCUCGCGCGGGGCAGCUUCCCCGGGGAAGUGGUGAAACUGGAGGAGUCGUGGGGAGAUUUCCUGGUGCAACAGAAGCAACAAGAUGCAGCAAUUAACCAUUACAUUGAGGCUGGCUGCUCCAUGAAAGCCAUAGAGGCAGCACUUGGGGCCCGCCAGUGGAAGAAAGCCCUGCACAUUGUGGAACUUCAGGCACCAGAAACUGCGCGCAGCUAUUACCUGAAAAUUGCCCAGCAUUAUGCCCUCCUCAAGGAGUACGAGGUGGCAGAGCAUCUGUACAUUAAGGCCGACAGAACCAAGGAUGCCAUUGAGAUGUACACACAGGCCGGGCACUGGGAGCUGGCACACUCGCUGGCAGUGAGAUGCAUGGAACACGAGGAUGUGUCGGGGAUGUACAUAGGCCAAGCCCGGGAGCUGGAGAAACAGGGCAAAUACAAGGAGGCCGAGAGGCUGUACAUCACGGUGGAUGAAGCAGAUCUCGCAAUUACGAUGUACAAGAAGCACAAGAUGUACGAGGACAUGAUCCGAUUGGUGCAGAAAUUCCAUCCAGAUCUCCUGACUGACACCCACCUACACCUGGGCAAAGAGCUGGAGACGGAGGGAAGUUACCAAGAGGCCGAGUACCAUUACCUGGAAGGCAGUGACUGGAAGGCCGCAGUAAACAUGUACCGGGGGGCAGACAUGUGGGAGGAUGCGCACAGGGUGGCUAAAUCCCACGGAGCGGCCAAUGCCCAUAAGAAGGUGGCCUACUUGUGGGCCAAGAGUUUGGGGGGGGAGGCGGCAGUGAAGCUACUCUCCAAGUUCAGCCUGGUGGAGAUGGCCAUUGACUACGCGGCAGAGAACUGUACCUUUGAUUUUGCCUUUGAGCUGGCGCGCCUGGCCAUGAAACCCAAACUCCCCGAGAUUCACCUGAAAUGCGCCAUAUUCCUGGAGGAUGAGGGAAAGUUUGCUGAGGCUGAGGCUGAAUUCGUUAAAGCUGAGAAGCCCAAGGAAGCCGUACUCAUGUACGUACAUAACCAAGACUGGGACUCUGCCCAACGUGUGGCCGAACUCUAUGAUCCCGACAGCGUGGGGGACGUACUGGAAGGACAGGCCCGAUUUGCCUUUGAGCAGAAGGAGUACCAGAAGGCAGAGGCUUUCUUACUGCGGGCACAUAGACCGGAACUGGCGGUGCGCUACUAUAAGGAGGCUGGCAUGUGGAGCGACGCCAUUCGUAUCUGCAAGGAAUACGUCCCGGCGAGGCUGGAGCAGCUGCAGCUCGAGUACGAGAGGGACGUGACAAAGAAAGGUGCCAGGGGGACGGAGGCCAUGCUGGAGCAGGCGCGGGAGUGGGAACAGGCGGGCGAAUACACGCGGGCGGUCGAUUGCUACCUGAAAGUGCGCGACACGGACAACCUGCCCCUGAUGGAGAAGUGCUGGAUGAAGGCGGGUGAGAUUGCCAUCAAGUUCCUUCCGCCGGUCAAGCGACUGGAAGUAGUCCGUACGGUGGGACCUCAGCUGGUAUCUGUCAGCAAGCACAGCGCGGCAGCGGAACUGUACCUCAAUAUGGACCUGAUCAAGGAGGCGAUCGAUGCCUUUAUAGAAGGGGAGGAGUGGAACAAAGCAAAGAGAGUGGCCAAAGAGCUGGACCCCAGGUACGAGGAUUAUGUGGACGGACAGUACAAAGAAUAUCUCAAGAACCAGGGCAAAGUGGAAUCGCUUGUGGGCGUUGAUGUCAUGGCGGCACUGGAAAUGUAUGCAGAACGGGGGCAGUGGGAGAAAUGCAUUGAAACGGCAGCCAAGCAGAAUUACAAAGUUCUCCAUAAAUACGCGGCGCUAUUCGCCUCCCAUCUCAUCACCGAGGGCAACUGGGCCAAAGCCUUGAGCCUUUACGCUCAGCACGGGGCCCCCGCCAACCCGCAGAACUUCAACAUCUACAAGCGGAUCUUCAUGGAAAUGGUGAAUGCAGAGGGACUGAACCAGGCGGAGGGGUACCACGCGUGGGCAGAACUCCGUGAUACCUUGUACCAACUGUGUGAGAAUCUCGUCAAGUCCAGCGAAGUGAACUCUCAGGCCCAUCAGGACUUCCAGCAAAUGUUACUGGUCGCUCAUUAUUACUCCACUCGCUCAGCCUCUCAGGGAGUCCCGCCACUGGAGGUUGUGGCGGCCAAACUGUCCAUCUCUCUCCUGCGUCACACAGACGUCGUCCCCGCAGACAAGGCUUUCUAUGAAGCAGGAAUGGCUGCCAAGGGAAUGGGAUGGAAGAACUCGGCCUUCAUUUUCCUCAAUCGGUUUCUGGACCUCGUAGAUGCCAUCGAGGAGGGCAGCCUGGAUGCUCUGGAUCAUUCGGAUUUUCAGGACACAGACAUUCCCUUUGAGGUUCCUUUACCUGCGAGACAACAUGUGCCCGCAGAGAAACGAGAGGAGGUGCGAGAGUGGGUUCUGGCUGUGGCUAUGGACCAGCGAGUGGAUCAGGUUCUGCCCCAGGAUGAGAGAGGCACCUAUGAAGGUUCCCUUAUUGCCAGAAGUAGCGGAAUCCACUCACUACCUUGUCUGAUAACUGGGUUCCCGGUGCUCAGGAACAAAGUGGAGUUCAAGCAGCCGGGCAGCGCCGCCAACAAGGAGGAUUGGAACAAGUUCCUUAUGGCCGUGAAGACCAGUCACAGCCCAGAGUGCCAGGAUGUGCUGCAGUUCAUUGGCCGAUGGUGCGGGGGCCUCCCCAGCUCCACCUUCUCCUUCCAGUGACAUCACCGAUUGAUCUCCCUGUCUGUUAUCUGUAUAAUAAAGUUUGUUUAUAAAUACCC